CCGACGACUCCUGCUCAUCGUCACCCACGACGAUUCACGACCCGUGAUAUCAAGGCCUCUCACCGCCGGUCGUGAUGAGCGAAUAUCCACCCUUUGCUCUUGAUGAUCUGGUUCAUAUCAUGUCCCUCUCCCCGGCGCCACCACUCGCAACACUGGAUGACUCUCAACUACCCCUCCGCCCCCCGAAGACCGCAUCUCCUAGGCCCCAAAUUGACAAUGGCGAACAAGAGGUACGCAUAAAUAUCACAGACAUGCAUGAUCUCAGUGUAGGGGAGAAAGAGCUACCCGAUUUGGUGGUGAAGGAAACUAGUGGGGUGCAUCCUGACCCAGAGCAAGUCAUUAGGCAGGCUGAAAUCAUAUCCUGCCUAAUUGUCCAGCGCGAUAUGCUCUUGCGACAGGCAGAGGAGCAGAGACUGCGGUGGAACUCAGAGAAGGAUAGUUGGGCACGGAUGGCCGAAGCUCUCAUUGCACAGCAGUCAAAGCACAGGAGUCCGUCUGACAAGGAUGAAGUGAGUCAUUUUGCUUUCUCUUUAGCGAUGGUGGUUUAGCAAGCUGCAUGGUCGUCUUGAUAAAUUACCUAUCACCCAGCCGUGAUACUGAUGGCAGUAAGCUGGUCUCAUAGACAUGUAAACAAGCCAUUAUAGCCUUUUGUUCCUCCUUGCCUUCUUCGGAUUAACAGAACUGACUUUGAUUCAGGAGCUUGAGCGACAACAAGCUAU